GAUGGCAGAGGGGAGUGAAGGAUGGCAGAGGGGAGUGAAGGAUGGCAGAGGGGGCUGGAAGGUGGCAGAGGGGGCUGGAAGGUGGCAGAGGGGGCUGGAAGGUGGCAGAGGGGCUGCAGGCCCCGUGUGUGUGACCUGCCGCGGGCAGGGCGCGGUGCGGAGCCUCCCCUGGCGCUGUCCCGGCCGUGCGCAUCCCUGUGCCGGGCUGUGAGCGGCGCGGGGCGGAGGGAGAGGCCCGGCCCCCGGCCGGCCCAGCCCGGCGCUGCCGGACACCCUCCCGGCCCGCCCGCCCCGCGGGACCGGCCCGCCGCCGCCCCGCCCGCCGCAGCUCCCGCCGCUGAAUUUGCUCCGGUCCCUUAAUUGUUUCGCUCUCAUCGAGAACUUUGUUUACAGUCCCUUGUGCGGGCGAGCUGCAUCCCCUCUUAUGCUGGCUGCGGGCUGGUGGCCGCCGCAGUCCCGCCCGGCGGCCGGGAGGAAACUUCCAUGCUAGAAUAUUGUCACCUCCAGUUCAUCAUUCAGCAAUAUCUGAUGCUUCAAAGACUUGAGCAGCUCUUUCUGCCUUGAAUUGCCAUAUAAGACAUCUUCAGCACUCUUUUACCAUGGAUUUCUCCUGGAUCUGUGCAGCACGAGCUCAGCAGAGCCUGCUCUAGCCUAAGAACGGGCCAAGUCAAGACAAUCAAGAUGACAAACGAACCUAUCAAAGAGAUCCUGGGCACCCCAAAGCACCCUGAUUCUGCACCCACAGAGAAGAGUAACAACAAUGACUGUGUGAUAACCACCAUUCCUCUGGUCAGUGAGUGCCAGCUGACGGCAGCCACGGGGGGAGCAGAGCUCUCCUGCUACCGCUGCACCAUUCCCUUCGGCGUGGUCAUCCUGAUAGCCGGCAUCGUGGUCACUGCCGUGGCGUACAUCUUCAACUCCCAUGGAUCCAUCAUCUCUGUCUUUGGGCUGGUCCUCUUGUCCUCGGGACUCGUUCUGCUGGCUUCCAGCGCCGUGUGCUGGAAGAUCAGGCAGCACAAGAAGAAAGCAAAGAGGCGGGAGAGCCAGACAGCGCUCGUGGCGAACCAGCGAACCUUGUUCGGUUAAAGGCAGCCAAGAGAAGGCUGGACAGAAGGCAGAACCUUUGAACAGCACACCCUUUUCAGCCCUUAAAGCCCAACCAGAAUUUCUGCUUCAAAUUUUGAACUCCAUGACCUAAUCUGGAUUGAUUUGGAGUUUCCUGCCUGGGUGCUGCAGUGCACCAAGUCUUUGAUUGCUGUUCGGUGUUUCUCACGGGAAUCUGAGAAGCAGAAGGAUGCAACCCUGCGGAGAUCAAAGUGACUUUCCUCUUCAGAAACACCUUCCCUUCUGGUGUGAAAAGGCUUUGAAUGCCACAAAUGGUGUUUCAGUUCUGGGAGAGGCUGGGUGGGAGCUGGUGCAAAUUUUAUUGUCACAAUUACUUGUCUAUCCCUUCCUGAAAGCUCUGGCAGCACUGCACAAGCAAAACUGCCCUCACAAGGAUAGAAAAUUAUCUAAUAGAGGAAUUGCGCUGGUGCUCCGGGCAAAUGUUACAGUGAUCUUAAAUAAUAAUUGCAAAACCUAAGCACAGGAAAUUGUGUCUGUAACUACACCCUGUAUUGCUAUUGUACACAAAGACAGUUAUAGCCUGGGACAGUAUUUUAAAAUAAUAAUCAGAUUGGUAUGACAAUGCGUAGAUUUAGUUCAAGUCAAAACGCCCAAUUUACAAUUCCCCAGUCAUUUCACGUGUUGCAUUUCGUACGUGACUCUGGCUCUAAUACCAUAAUUUUCCAGGUUUAUAAAAAAAAAAAAGAAAGAAAGAAAAAAGAGAGAGAGAGAAAGAGAGAAAGGAAGGUUAGUUUCAUGGACCUGUGUCAAGAAUUAAGUUUCUCCGCCACGGACACUUGGGAGAGCUCCUGUUACCAAACACCAAAUGUACAGAAUUACUGCAGCUCCAGAGAACAGGAACCAGCUCGGAGUGUGGAACGAAGAGAGGCCUGAGUCUCAUCAGCAUCCGGAAGAGUCAGGCCAGGAACAAGCUCUCUGGAAUAUCCCGUGUUCCUGCCUCAGCUUUGCUUAUCCAGACUCAAAUCCAGGGUUAUGCUCCUUUGAUAUCUGAGGGGGAAGUUGGUGCAUAUUAUUAGCAGGUUUCACCUACUUUGUUUUUACAAUGGGCUGCAAAAUAAGAAGAGCAGAACAAUACUGGCAGCCAUCAUUUUGCAUAGAUAUUACCAGUACUGCUGAGCAU